AUGGCAGGAACCCCUUUUACCUACCUAAAGCACCAUGUUGAUGAUAUUGAUGAAGAGACAUACAAGUGCUGCUACAAUGUGAUUGAAGGUGAUGCCCUAACUGGUAAGCUAGAGAUGAUCUCUUACAAAAUUCAGCUCAUGGCCUCCCUCGAUGGUGGUUCCAUUGCCAAGACCACAAGCAAGUACUAUCCCCUAGAAGGUGUUGUUUUAAGUGAAGAUGAGAUAAAGACAGAGCAGGAAAGGUCAAGGGCAACGUUUAAGGUCCUUCAAGACUAG